ACAGCAGCGUCGCUGAAAUGACAAGCAGUGCUGCAGGUCGGAGCACCGAAAAUGCCGAUUUCAACGUUGCCCAACACUGCACAGUUGUUUUCGCGGUGCAAUGAAUAAAUUUGUUUAUAAACUAUUCCAACGCGUAAACCAUUCAAAUUCAGGCAGAAGGAGCUUUUGUUUAACCGCUGCUAGGCAUGUUGAAGAAAUCAAAGACGCUGCGGAAGCUCCCACGGUGCUCGUGGAGAAGGAUUCGCACAUAACAUUGAUCGGUCUGAAUCGGGAGCAGAAGCGAAACUCCAUCGAUGCAGCCACCGCACAAAAAUUGGGCGAGGCCAUCAGUCAGUUUGAGGCGGACGAUAGCUCUCCCGUAGGUGUGUUGUACGGCAUUGGGGGCUCCUUCUGUGCCGGCUAUGAUCUGGAGGAACUCGAAGCGGAGGCGGAUCGGGGCAGCCUGAACUUUCUGUUGCGUCAUGAGGGUUCUGUGGGUCCCACACGGCGGCAUCCACGCAAACCCAUUGUAUGUGGCAUUAGUGGUUUCUGUGUGGCCAGUGGCCUGGAGCUGGCCCUACUGUGUGACCUGCGCGUAAUGGAAGACACAGCUGUUCUGGGUUUCUUCAAUCGCCGUCUGGGCGUUCCCAUCAGCGACGGUGGCACCGUCCGUCUGGCCGCUGCAGUUGGCUACUCGAAUGCUAUGGAUAUCAUAGAGACGGGCAGACGUGUCUAUGCCCGAGAAGCGCUGCGCAUCGGGCUGGCAAAUCGCAUCGUGGCCACGGGCACAGCACUUGGCCAGGCUGUUAAUUUAGCAUUUUCGAUUGCCAAAUUUCCCAUGGGUUCGUUGAUGCACGAUCGGAACGCUGUGCUGGAGAAUGCAAAUGCCUACAAUCGUCCCGGUUUUUAUGCGGGCACUUACAACGAAGUCAUGAACGUGACAUCAGACAUGGUCACGGAUAUGCAGGAGGGCGUGAGGCGAUUCAAGAGCUCUGAGGAAAAGGGACCCAAGACCGACUCAUGGCAUAUCAAGGAGAAGUCCAUUCCAGAUUGGGAGAAGACCGAAAUCGAAUUGGAGAAGCAAUUUAAAAAGACGUGAUAGAAUCUGUAGGAUAUUUUGGAAACAUUUCAUGGUGCAAUAUUAGGUUGGUUGUGUUAACGAUAUUUUAUAGUUACAUUAUAUACAAGUAUGUUGUUAUUUAUAUAAAACGAAAGCCUUUAUUCACGUAAAAUACA